AUGGCCGACAUGCAGCUUUUUGUCCACGCCCAGGAGCUACACACCCUCGAGGUGAUCGGCCAGGAGACGGUCGCCCAGAUCAAGGUUCAUGUAGCCUCUCUGGAGGGCGUCGCUCCAGAAGAUCAAGUCGUGCUCCUGGCAGGCAUGCCCCUAGAGGAUGAGGCUACCCUGGGUCAGUGCGGAGAAGAGGCUCUGACCACCCUGGAAGUAGCUUGCCACAGGCUUGAAGGUAAAGUCCAUGGUUCCCUGACCCGUGCUGGGAAAGUAAGAGAGCAGACUCCUAAGGUGGCCAAACAGGAGAAGGAGAAGGAGAAGGAGAAGGAGAAGGAGAAGGAGAAGGAGAAGGAACGAGGCUGA